AUGGCUGCGAUAUCCAAUCUCGUCUUGAGCGAGACUGUCGCACCAAAUGACCGAGUAGAAGAGCUGGACACUCCCACAACCCCUCGAGCCGGUCGUUAUCCGCCGACACUUGUGGACGACUCGAAGAUUGCAAUCACAGACCGGGAGGCCCUUCCGCAACCCUACAACUCCUCGCAGCCUUCGAAUCAAGGCGCUGAGCUGGAUGUAUCCAGUAACCGUCAAGAUCCAGAACAAGAAGGCGGAAACUACGAUCAGAUAGAACAUGAUUCUAUGGAUCUUGAUGAGGAUGACAAUGAUCAACCUGGCUCUGACAACGAAGCCGAGCAGGGUGAGACAGACCCUGCCUCGAGAAAGAAAAAGGGCCAGAGGUUCUUCUGCACAGGCUACCCGCCUUGCAAUCUCAGCUUCACGAGAAGCGAGCACUUGGCUCGCCAUAUCAGAAAACACACGGGCGAACGCCCGUUUCAAUGUCAUUGUAAUCGAAGGUUUUCACGACUGGAUAAUCUGCGACAGCAUGCGCAAACCGUUCAUGUCAAUGAGGAGAUACCUACCGAUUCUCUUGCCGCUACUGGGACCCGGUUUCAACGGCAAAUCCGUACAGAUCGUGUCAGGCCAACCGGCCGUCCUCGCACCGGUACCACGGGCAGCACCGGAGGUCACAGUCGAGGACACAGUCGAAAUCUUUCGGCUUCUAGUGUCGGGUCGACCUCUUCCAACUACAGCGUAGUCACAGAGGCCAAAAGACGCCCGCCGCCGCUCCUCAUGGCUACUGACAGCGCCACGAGAUCCAGUUUGGGUGUCGAACCGCCGCACACACCACCGACACAAUAUCGUGGGUAUGGUCCGAAUUCCCCCAGUGGUAUGAGUACACCAACGUCUGCCAACUUUUCGGCCACUCCUGGCAGCCCCAGCUUCAUGUCAUCCUUAGGCUCACCAGUUUCCUCGACUUCUCGAUCGGGAGGGUUAUUCGGCUCUCGACCGGCCGUUCGUAGACUUUCUGUUCCCUCCGGGUCCAACCCGUACCAGAUUCAAUAUCCUCCUGGCUAUUCCAUGUCUUAUGUGAGUCAGAUGGGCCCUCCGAGCUCUUAUGGUUCGUCAAACUCGAGCCUUUUUGCCAGUCCCACUUCUUCAACAUUUCCCACCGCACCCGGUGACCAAGUCCCGCCUGGGGAGGAUUGGCGGAGGCGAACGUGGCAUCCAUCCACUUUGUCUGCCAAUUUCAAUUACGGGCGUCCGGCAACCAGCGGGUUGACGUAUUCACAAACUCCAGACGCACCCCAGCCUGCCCACGCUCAGUAUGCCACCGCUGCCGCGAGUCAGGCUCCUCGCCUGCCGGGUAUCGAGAGCUUUGACCAUGUCCAGCAUCGAUCUUAUACACCGCCUCGGCGCCAACCAAGCCCGAUGCAAGGUACUGAAAUAUCUGGUGACGCACAAUUCCCAUCUUCCCCAAGCCAGGGUCCUCGUGUUCGUCCAGGGCAUGUGUCUUGGGACGGGCUACGUCCCAACCAGUUCUCAGAUGCCGAACAUCAAGGUGAGGGAAGUCAAGGUGCAGCAUCUUGGAGCCAGCAGACUAUGAAUGAAAUCCAGAACGUGGAGGGCCAACGAUUCGGCCCACAUAGGCAUGUGGAUAUGGGACCCCCUCCCUCUAUGCCUCUUCAACCGCAGCAACACAUGCCCCGGGAGGCACUCGAAGUACAGUCCUCUCUUCGACAGUCCAAGAGGCAGGGCUGGUAUAACGGACCAUUCCCCCCUGCUCGGACGUCUCCCGAAGAUUCAAGCAGCAGUGAUGGUGUGCCUACCCCAGGGAUGACUGCGGUUGAGGUGCAUCCUAUGAUCAUGCAUAGCAACGGCUAUAUGGAACCACACCAUGCAACACUACCAUCUGAUGGACAUCAAAAUGUGAGUUACAGUCUGGCUGGAAAUCCCUGGCCAUAG